AUGAGUCACGGGGUUGGGAUUGUUGAGGAUUAUUCUGAUUUGGAAAUUUGGAAUCCAGAACGUGAUUUGAAUUUUGAUUUUGUUGCACCUCGUGAAAAUUAUGCAUUUUUUGACACUAUUUUAGAUACUGGUGAGUUAUCUGAAUUCAUUUUUGAAAUAUGAAAUUCUGAAAUUUCAGACACCAGUUUGAAUGACUUGAAUUUCGAAGAAAAGGAUGGAUAUAUUUAUAUGUAUGGAAGUGUUGCUGGUGUACCAUUGUUCAGAAGAAAGGUAUGAAAUUUUUUGGACUUCAAAAAUCUACGUUUCUUCUUUCCAGGUUGAAAGUGAUGAAUGGGAAAAAGUAGAAAGCAGCUUCAUCUCUGAAAACGUAAGCAAAUGGCUCCUCAUUUCAUAUUUCAUAAUUCAAAAUAUGUGAAUUUUCAGGAAUUCGCCUUUGACUUGGAAAACAACUUUUUCGAUGAUGGUGAAGAAGAUGAGCUGCUGGUUUUGGUCAGAAACGAUGAUGACGAUGAGGAAAUCAACUACGAAUUUGAGAGUUAUUUGGACGAUGAUUGGGAUUUUGAGUUUGACGAGAAUUGGGGAGUCAAGCAGUUUUAUGUGAGUCCAAAAAAAUCUUGUGAACCAAAGAAAAUUUUAAAGAAAAUAUUUUCAGUGA